CGUUUCGUGCGUUUCGUGUCACUUGUGCUCUUGCAUUAUGUAAUGAGUGUGACAAAGAGAGAAAUAUUAUAUAAUGAUAAAAUAUACAGAAUGUCUCGUUGUGUCUGUUGAAGGGUGCUGUUGCUGGUCUGUGAAUUUGUGUACGAGAAUCUGAUAUUUUUUUUGUAAAAUAUCUUCAAAAUGGCUUGCACAAAUCCCAAAAAAGUGUGCAUCGUUGGCAGUGGAAACUGGGGCUCAGCCAUUGCAAAAAUUGUGGGUAACAAUGCAGCCCAACUCAAAAAUUUGGACGACAGAGUCACCAUGUAUGUUUAUGAAGAAAUAGUUGAUGGAAAAAAGCUCACUGAAAUCAUCAACGAAACUCACGAGAAUGUAAAAUAUUUGCCAGGGCACAAGUUGCCUCCCAAUGUGGUUGCUGUGCCAGAUGUUGUUGAAGCAGCCAAAGAUGCAGAUAUUCUAAUAUUUGUUGUCCCACAUCAAUUCAUUAGAACGUUGUGCUCAACUCUUUUAGGAAAAAUCAAGCCAAAUGCAAUUGCUUUGUCCUUGAUCAAGGGCUUCGAUCGUGCCGAGGGUGGAGGCAUAGACCUCAUAUCGCACAUCAUCACCCGACACCUGCAGAUCCCCUGCAGCGUUCUGAUGGGCGCGAAUCUGGCCGGCGAGGUGGCCGACGAGAAGUUUUGCGAGACGACGAUCGGCUGCAAGGACAUCUUGGCGGGGCCGCUGCUUCGUGACGUCAUCCAGACGAGCUACUUCAGGGUGGUGGUAGUGGACGAUGAGGACACCGUGGAAGUUUGCGGAGCCCUCAAGAACAUCGUGGCGUGCGGUGCGGGAUUCGUGGACGGUCUCGGUCUAGGAGACAACACCAAAGCGGCCGUGAUCCGAUUGGGGCUCAUGGAGAUGGUCAAGUUCGUGGAUGUGUUCUAUCCCGGUGGCAAGUUGUCUACGUUCUUCGAGAGCUGCGGUGUUGCAGAUCUGAUCACCACUUGCUACGGGGGAAGGAACAGGAAGGUGAGCGAGGCGUUCGUUAAGACUGGAAAAUCCAUCAAAGAAUUGGAAGACGAGAUGUUGAACGGACAAAAGCUGCAAGGGCCUUACACCGCUGAAGAAGUGAAUUACAUGUUGAAGAACAAGGGCAUGGAAGACAAAUUUCCAUUGUUUACUGCUAUCCACAAAAUCUGCACUGGUCUAUUGAAACCCAGCGACUUCAUCGACUGUAUCAGAAAUCAUCCUGAGCACAUGGAUACAAAAUCAUACGACUACCAAUCAAGCCAGAAAAGUUAUCAUCGUUCCUCUAGCAAACUGUAACAAAAUGCCCAUUACUAAUAACUCACUAAUACUAACAUUUUCAUUUUGGGGAUUAUUAAUAUAUUUUGGGUGAGACAAAGUGUCAACUAGUCUUUUUGACAACAGAAGAUAUUAUUUAUGAUUCUAUAGUCUUGUAUAUUUUUUAUGGUUUUGUAGAAUAAAAUUAAUGUUUAUUGUCAUUUUUAUUUGAUUAAUUAUCUAUUGAUUUGC